AUGCAAAAUAACGUUGACGAAUCUGUUGAAAAAAUUGUGAAAGCUGACGAAAAAAAAAUAGCAGAAAUGAAUGACGGUUGGUCCAAGGUAGUGAGUGGAAAGACGAAGAAGACUAAAGCACCAAACCUUCGUGAACCUGUGAUAAUAAUCUCCCCAAAUGACGAAAGCCAAGAAAUGAAUAAAACUGAAGCAUCUUUAAAGUGCAUUGAACCAUCUGAUUUUUCAGUAAGAGGAUUAUCCAAAGGAGCUAAAAAUAGUGUAAUUAUCCGUGUAGAAAAUGAAAAUGAUUGCGACAAUUUGAUGAAGGAAGCAACAGUGAAAUUAGGUGAUAAAUAUAACAUUCGAAAACCUGCUAAACGUUUCCCACGAUUCAAAAUAUUGGAAGUUUUCCAACCUGAAGAUGACAAUGAAAAAUUUAUUAAGAAAUUAAUUAAUCAAAAUUCACACUUAAAAGAUGACAAAUUCCAAUUUGAAGUUAUAAAAAGGGAGCAGAAUAAAUCUAAAGAAUUAGAGAUUAACGGAUAUAAUUUCAUAAGUUGUGACUCCGAUAGCUCACAUACUGGCGGAGUAAUUAUGUAUGUUCGAAAUGAUUUAUGUUUCAACAUACUAAAAAAUUUCCAGAAAAGUCGAACGUGGAUAUUAUCUGUAAAGAUAAGUGAAAGCCUUAUAAAUGGAAUUUAUACUGUCAUCUAUAAAUCCCCGAAAGAAAAAAUCGGUGACUUCCUCGAAAUUAUUGACGAGUUCUUGGAACAAACUAUUGAUGACGACACCAGAAAUGUAAUUGUUGGUGAUAUGAACAUAGAUGUAAGCAAAAAUAAUAAGAACGUGAAACGAUACUUAUCAAUGAUUCAAGAUCAUAAUUUAAAGCAAAUUGUCGACGAAUUCACCAGAAUCCAAGUCCGUAGAAGUAAACAUGAACAACAUCAAAUCUCUAAGACAACAAUCGAUCACAUUUUGACGAACAGCAACGAUAUAGAGUAUGCUGUAAACAGAAGCGAAGCUGUAACUGAUCAUUUUAUGCUGCAAAUAAAUCUCAACGACAAAAAGUGUGUACAAAAAAAAAAGAAAAUACAAGAAAAAGUUAUUAAAAACUGCUGGAAAAAUUAUUCAAGAUCAAGUUUACAUGAAGCUAUAGAAAAUAUCGAUUGGAAUGAGUGUAAUAGUCAGUGUUAUGAUAAAAAAUUUAGUGCUUUUGUGGAAGAUUUUAAAUGUUCAAUAAACAAAAUCGUAGUGAAAAAAAAUAUUUAUAAAAGUAAAAAUGAAUGGUUCAAUGAGUCGAUAAAAAAAUUAAAAAAAGAAAAACAAUACCUGACAAUGAAGCACGAAUUCUCUGGAAGCGAAAAUGAUAGAAUUGCUCUCAUGAAAAUUAUUAAAAAAUAUAAAGAAGAAAUAAAAAUUCAAAAGUGCAAAGUAAUCCAAGAAAAAAUUAAAAACAACUUCAGUGAUAAUAGAAAACUGUGGAAAAUAUUAAAAUCAUUAUACAAUGAGAAAAAAAGUGAAAUUAAUUCAAUCGAAUUAAACGGUGCGCUCAUGAGUGAUUCAUCUGAAAUAGCUGCAACCUUGAACAAAAUAUCUACAUAG